AUGGAUCAUAGUCAAGGUGGUGGCGAAAACGUUCCACAAAAGUCUCAAAAGGAACAUGAAAAUUAUAACAAAGAAACAGUUUUCUUACAUGGUGACUUAGAUUUAUUGAUCAUAGAAGCAAAAUCUCUUCCGAAUCUAGAUUUAUCAACUGAAGCAGUUAGGAAAUGUCUCACUAUGGGAAAUAGUUGCUCACCGCCUUUUGUGAAAGGACUCAAAACACACUCAGGAAAAGAUAAGAUCAUAACAAGUGAUCCUUAUGUAUCUGUUUGUUUAGCCACUGCAACUAUAGCGCAAACAAGAGUCAUUCCGAAUUGCGAAAACCCUUUAUGGGAUGAACAUUAUACUGUUCCUGUUGCUCAUCCUGUUCAGAAAGUUGAGUUUUUAGUAAAAGAUAAUGAUAUUCUUGGUGCUGAACUUAUUGGAGUUGUGGACAUACCUGUUCAGAAGAUACUUUCUGGUAACACUGUUAAUGAUUGGUUUCCGAUUAUUGGUCAAUAUGGAAGCUGCUUAAAACCUUAUCCUGAAUUGCAUAUUUCAAUUCAGUAUAAGCCAAUUGGUAGUGGUAACGAGAAAAAGAGAGGUGUUGAUUACGGUGUUCCUGAUUCAUAUUUUCCGCUUAGGAAAGGCGGGCAUGUCACGCUUUAUCAAGAUGCGCAUGUACCGGACGGUAUGCUACCGCAAAUUGAACUUGAAGAUGGAAAAUUUUUUCAGCAUAGUAAAUGUUGGGAGGAUAUUUGUCACGCGAUUUUGGAAGCUCAUCAUAUGAUAUAUAUUAUUGGAUGGUCAAUUUUUCAUCCUGUGAAGCUUGUUCGCGAGCCUACGAAACCUUUGCCUUCAGGUGGAGAGCUUUCACUUGGAGAGUUGUUGAAGUACAAGUCACAAGAAGGGUUAAGAGUUGUUAUGCUGAUUUGGGAUGAUAGAACUUCGCAUGACAAGUUUCUUUUGAAAACAGAUGGUGUUAUGCAGACUCAUGAUGAAGAAACUAAAAAGUUUUUUAAACAUUCAACAGUUCAUUGUGUAUUAUCUCCACGUUAUGCAAGCAAUAAACUCAGUAUUUUCAAGCAACAGGUUGUUGGAACCCUCUUUACGCAUCACCAGAAAUGUGUGCUUUUAGACACUCAAGGUUCUGGCAAUAAUCGGAAAAUAACCGCAUUUCUCGGUGGUCUAGAUCUAUGUGAUGGCAGAUAUGAUACACCUGAGCAUAGAAUUUUUCAUGAUCUCGAUACCGUCUUUCAAAAUGAUUAUCAUAAUCCUACAUUUCAAUUAAAUUCUAAUUCUUCUGCACCAAGGCAACCAUGGCAUGACUUACAUUGCAAAAUUGAAGGUCCGGCUGCAUAUGAUAUACUGACCAAUUUUGAACAAAGAUCACGGAAGGCUAAAAAAUGGCGCGAUUUCAGACUCCGAAAGGUGACGAAUUGGCAUGACGAUGCUUUGCUAAGGCUAGACCGUAUUUCGUGGAUUGUCAAACCAUCUUCUGGUCCUGAUGGUGAUAAAUGCGUUCAUGUAACCGAAGAAUCUGAUCCUGAGAGUUGGCACGUACAGGUAUUUCGGUCCAUAGAUUCAGGAUCCGUGAAGGGAUUUCCAAAGGAUUUCGACAAAGCAAAGGCUCAGCAUCUUCUGUGUGGCAAAAAUUUAAAAGUUGAUCAAAGCAUUCAUGCGGCUUACAUAAAAGCAAUAAGAUUGGCUCAACGCUUCAUUUAUAUCGAGAAUCAAUAUUUUCUUGGCUCUUCAUAUCAUUGGCCUUCCUAUAAAAAUGCAGGCGCAAAUCACUUGGUUCCGAUGGAGAUAGCAUUAAAAAUUGCGAGCAAGAUAAGUGCGAACGAGCGAUUUUCUGUUUAUAUAGUUAUACCAAUGUGGCCAGAAGGAGUACCAACUAGUGCUGCUGUUCAAGAAAUCUUGUUCUGGCAGGGACAGACAAUGUCUAUGAUGUACAAGAUUGUUGCAGAUGCACUUGCAAAAGCAGGUCUCUCUGAAUGUUACCAUCCCCAAGAUUAUCUAAAUUUUUAUUGUCUUGGAAAGAGAGAACCUCAAUCGUGCGAAUCUCCAUCAAUGCCAACUCAAUCGUCUGAAAAUCGCGCCUUGGCAUCAGUUAAAAAAUACAGACGUUUUAUGAUUUAUGUUCAUGCAAAAGGAAUGAUAGUUGAUGACGAAUAUGUAAUAAUUGGAUCCGCAAAUAUUAAUCAGAGAUCAAUGGAUGGAUCAAGAGACACGGAAAUAGCCAUGGGGGCUUAUCAACCAAAAUAUACAUUAGCAGAAAACAACUCUCUUCCACGUGGCCAGGUGUACGGAUACAGAAUGUCACUUUGGGCCGAGCACCUUGGUAGUCUUGAUGAGACAUUUACUGAACCUCGCACGCUGGAAUGUGUACGACUUGUGAAUAGAAUUGCUAGAAAAAAUUGGAGCUCAUAUGUGUCUGAAGAAGGUCAUCAUCAAAUGAGGGGAAACUUGAUGCAAUAUCCAGUUUAUGUUAGCAGAAAUGGAAAAGUUAGUUCAUUGGAGGGUCAUGAGUAUUUUCCUGAUGUUGGUGGCAAAAUUCUUGGAGCACAAAAUUCACUUCCGGAUGCACUAACCACAUGA